GGGAGAGAGGGAGAGGGGGAGAGAGGGAGAGAGAGGGAGAGGGGAGACUCCGCUCCGGGAGACAUGGGGCAGAUCGAGUGGGCGAUGUGGGCCAACGAGCAGGCACUGGCAGCCGGACUGAUUCUACUCAUAGGCGGGGUGGUGGGAGUGGCAGGCCAGUUCAAACACUGGGAAUUCGCUGCUUACGGAGUUGCUGCUGGAGUCUUCAUCAUGUUAUUGGAAUAUCCCAGAGGAAAGAGAAGAAAGGGAACAACCAUGGAAAGACCGGGUCAGCGGUUUCUGGCAGCUGUUGUGAAGUUGUUUGGUCCUUUAACUCGGAAUUACUAUGUCCGUGCUGUCCUACAUGCGUGUCUCGCAGUCCCUGGAGGUUUUAUUCUACCUACUGUCCUUGGUACAGUCAGCCUUGGCAUUGCCAGUCUCAUCUAUCUACUGGCUGCAAUUCGAGAAGAGGAAUGGAAACCUAUACUGCACCAAUCUAGUGAGACCUCCCGAGUGGGAAAGAGUAUCCAUCAACCCCCCAUGAAUCCCCCUCCACGACCGCCUGCCGAGCAACGAAGGAAACAAGCAGACGACAUCCCAGCUGCAGCUGCCUAUGUGGUCGCCACACCCAUCACUGCAAACUCUCAGUGAUAUCAUUGCAACCUAAUCUGUAAUGUGAUUGAACAGAAUUAUGUCGAUGUGUAUAUGGGUAUAUUCUUGAGUAUGACUCCGGACCAAUCUUAAGUGACAUUAUGCUUUUAUUUUUGUUUAAAUGUGAGCUGAUUGUUUUGUGAUACAGAUUUCUGCAUUCUUGUUUACUUAUUGUGAUGUUAUGUAUAGUGUUUUUGGCUUAACCUCCUCAGUUUUGACCAGAAUUGUAAUAUUUUAACAUUUUGCAACACGUGAGAUUUGUUCAUUGUAAAGUUCAAACAAAAUAAGUAAAAUGUGAUGUUGAACAUUUGAUUUGCUGUUUGCCAGACAGAGGGGCAAUUUUUUUCUGUGUAAAUUGGAUUUUAAAACUUGUUUUAUAGUCAAUACAACAUAUUGCUGAACCAAGAAAUGACUGCACUUCUCCAAACUGCACCAGAAAAAUUAGAUCUGCCUUUGAAAAAUAA